UCUCAAGACACAAUAAGUAGCAAAAGUUUGAAGAAAAAUAAGGAAAAAAAUGAUUUAAAAAGGAAAAAGAAGAAGGUGAAGUCCCACUAAAAUGUCUCUGGGCUUUAGAAAAAAGGAUCGUCUGAAAUAGACUAUAAAACCUUCCCGCCACUAUAAAAUCUCUCUCCUCUCUUUUUCUCCAAGUGAAAAAAAAAACUCUUAAGGGGAAAAUAAAAGAAGAAAAAGGGGUCUCGUGGGAGAAAUAAUCAAGGGAAAAAAAAAAGAUGGGAGCGUGUGCGACGAAGCCAAAGGAGUUGAAAGGAGAGGCGCCGGAAGCGGCACCGGAGAACGUUACGGCGGCGGAAGUAGCGGCGAAGGAUGUGACUGUGGUAGCGGAAGUAGAAGUUGGUGCUGAUGAUGAUGCUGAGAAACGCCGAUCUCUCUCUAACUUGUUCAAGCAGAGUGAAGAAGUUAAGGGAUCGGAGCAAGUGAAAGAGGAGGCAUCUGAGAUAACACUAGCUUCCGAACCAUCAGAAGCCAAGCCAGAAGAAGUUGAGAAGGUUGUUGAUGCUCCUGUAAGGACGGAGACAGAAAAAGCUCUAGAAGUGAUAUCCACAAUAGAGGCCCCCAAGGCGGAAACUUCUGAGCAGAAGAAGAUAGAGGAAGUAAAAUCAGAAACCAAGACUCCUGCUGAGAAGAAAGUAGAGGAAAUAACAGUGGCAGUAGAGACUCCUGCCGAGAAGAAAAUAGAGGAAGUAACAGUGGCAGUUGAGACUCCUGCAGAGAAGAAAAUGGAAGAGGCAACAGCUGCAACAGAGGCUCAAAAAUCUGAAGUUCCGGUGGAGACGAAAGCAGAAGAAAAACCAGUUGCCACAGAGGCUCCAAAAUCUGAAGCUCCACUGGAGACGAAAGCAGAAGAAAAACCAGUUGCUGAGGCAGAGAAAACUGUAAUAGAAGAAAAGAAUUCGGCCUAGUCUUGGUAGGAUAAGUGAACCAUAAUGCAGAAGGCUUUGAAGAAUGAAACUUUGUUUUGCUUAGUUGCUCGAAGUUUGCAAGGUGGAUGGCGUGGAGCUGUUUUUUGUUGGUUGAACAAGUUGUGAUUAGCUAGAUUUAAUCAUUCAUUUGUUGGUUGUUGUUUGAGUUUUAAUUACAUACUAUAUUUUCAUCUCAUUCAUCAAUGGUACGUUUAAACACACUCUAUAAUUAGUUUUUUGCAAUACGA